GACAUUAACAACUGUCAAAAAGACAUAAAAACAUCGCCGUUCUGUGAAUAACAAAACAUUUUCUUUCCGAAUAAUUUUGAUGCCGUUUGUGUAGAAAAAACUAAAAAUAAAUGAUAAUCGACCGUACAGUGCAACGUUGUCAAAAUAUUUUGACCGAACAAUUCAAUUUCUUGCAUUCGGACUGAAUAUCUGGACAAAUCUACGGUUUCUAAAUUGGUGUGACCGAACGUUCAUUUCAAAACAAACAAAUGGAAAGUUCCGUCAAUCUGGAAUCGUUCAACGUAGCCCAGCUAGACGUACAACAACCGCACAAAACUGACUACAGAUACCAAAAAACAUACGAAACAUUCAUCAAAUGGAAGGAGUCGAAUGGAAUCUCAUCGUUCGACGAGGACAUUCUGCUGACGUACUUCGACGAAUCAUCGAAAACGUUAAAAUGUUCGUCUUUGUGGAGCAUGUACUCGAUGCUGAAGAAGACGCUUGGCCGUUACAAUAACGUCGACAUAUCAGCGUACAAGCGACUGCUCGCUUUCUUGAAGGAGAAAUCGAUUGCGUACGAUCGCAAGAAGUGCAAAGUUUUCAGUGCCGAAGAAAUUAGUCGAUUUUUAAUGGAAGCUCCGGAUGACGAUUAUUUGGCGAUGAAGACAAUGUUGGUAUUCGGCGUGACUGGCGGAUGCAGAGGCGAAGAAUUAACAGCUGUAAAAAUUGAUUAUUUGACGGAUUACGGGACCGAAAUUAUCGUCAACAUUCCAGAGCCGAGGAAGAACAUCGCCAAAUUAUUCGUAAUCAGCGGCGAGUAUGCGAAAUUCGUGCGCAAAUAUAUGCAGCUGCGACCAGCUAGAGUGACGACAGACCGAUUUUUCCUGAAGUACAGUCAAGGAGAGUGUGAGAAUCAAGUAAUCGGCAAAAACAAAAUAUCGAUUGUACCGAAAGAAAUAGCCAAGUUCCUUAACUUAGACGACUACAAAUCGUACACCGGACACAGUUUUCAACCACCCAAUUUCGGUACCAAACGUCGUCGACGCCAGGCGAAUGUUUUUAAUUUGACGUCGUCAAAUGCGUCGAAACUAGUGGCCGACAAUAGUGCUAGCCUGGACAACGUAGUCGUUAAAUCCGAACGUGACGAUCCGCCGAAUGUUUCGGGCGGCAUAUUUUAUGAGAUAACGAAGCUAGACGAACACCAGAGUCACCGACCAAUCAUACCUAUGUUACAGGGAACGGUUGCUUUGAUGAAACGGAAACCGCUUCUGUAUACGGGAAUGCAGACGAGUCGUUUUGUGCGUCUGCAAAAAUUGGCCGAGGAAUGGAACUUUCCCGAAUUGAAAUUGCUGCUGACACUGCGUAAGCUUCAUUUGGAUGAAGAGUUCGAAAUCCUCGGCGAUGCAUUUGAUUUGGACAAGUCAACGAGCGAACGAUACUAUCACGAGUCGAGACAUACGGUGCUGGGGCUUGUUGACAGACUGGAUACCACGACAACAAGCGCUCCCGAUCCCACAACAAAUUCUCACUUUGAUGCAAUAUUCGAGCCCAUCAUCAAAAUCGAGAAGUGUGACAGUCCGUUCAUCUCGGAUCCAAUCGGAGUCGACGACUCCAUGACAUUUGAUGAGUUAGACGCCCUUGACGAUUCCGCUGCCGAAAUGAAUGCCGAUGACUAUGACGACAUUGACUUUGGUUUACCAACAGUGCCAAAGGAAGAGGAGAAGGGGUGGCUGUCUGAUGACAUACGGAAACGAACGGCCGAAUGCAGCGUGUGCCAUAAAUUCUACGUGCCACGUCUGCUCAAUUCACACAUGGAGAGUGUCCACUUCAAUCUUGCCAAUUUGAAUCGCACCAUUUGCGGUCUGUGUUGGCAGGAAUUCGCUACGGAAAGGCUGCUAAGAGCACACCAAAAAGAAGUGCAUCACGGUGGUAGCCACGGCUGUGAUAUUUGCGGAAAAGUAUUCGCAUCGAAGCGGUACCUCAGUGUGCAUAUAUUGUCCAGGCACACUCAGCUGAAGACGUAUCUGUGCGACACAUGUGGUGAAGGAUUUCCGGUUCCAUUUUCGCUACAAGAUCACGUGAAACGGAAGCACAUGAUUCGCGGUCAUGACUGUCAUCUGUGCAAAAUGAAAUUUGUUACGGCUGCCGCGCUGAACGAUCACUUUGUGGCACGCCAUACGGACGAGCGCAGGUUCACUUGCGAUUUUAAGGGCUGCGGAAAGACGUUUAAGUGGCGAUCAUCGUUCAAAUCGCACCGAAGAGUGCACGCUAGCGAUAAGUACGAAUGUUCGGUUUGUUUGAAGCGAUUCAGUUUCAAGGGGAAUUUACGCAACCAUUUGAAGACCAUCCAUAACCAAAUUGUGGAGAACGAGUGCCUUACCAGCAAAAUUAUUUAGAGACCGGCACCAUUCAUCCGUUCUCAGUGGAGCGCAAAGUUAAUUUUCUCCAGACUUCAUGUCUUACGUGAUAGCAGGGAUUCAAGUGGUGCACUCUUUGCCACAUCAUCAAAAUUAGCGGUAAUGGUGUGCUCCAAUGCAAUGUGUCCAAUAAAUUUUAAUCAAAGAAUAUUAAAUGUGGAUUGUAAUCGGAA